CAGAGAUAUGUAAAUGACAGAUGGAUGUGUGAAGUGUGUGCGGCAGUACACAGUGAGCUGAGCGAUACUGGACGAUUUCAGAUCACUUUGUCUGUGGCAUUUUGGGCUAUCGACAUGACAACUUUUGAUUUUUCCGACGUGGAGGCAUUUUUGGAUUGCCACCCGGAGCUUUUUGAGGAAUAUCUCGUCAGAAAGGGAAAAUGUGACACCCUGAGCAGGUGGAUCAAAGAGCAUCAGCCGUCCAAAACGUCUCCGGUGGAGGAGAAACGCGGGGUCGCGAGGGACCCAUUCUGGCCCACGAACCCCGACGGACUGAAGCGCAGAUCGUCCCACAUGGAGCUCCGCAGGAACUUCGCCCGGUCCAAAGCGAUGACGGCACACCGGACCUACGACGAGCACGUCAGUCUUACGGCCAACGAGUCCCAGUCAAGUAUGCGACGGCGCGCGCUCUUGCGGAAAGCCAGCUCGUUACCGCCGACCACCGCGCACAUCUUGAGCGCGCUCCUCGAGUCCCGAGUCAACGUGCCUAAAUAUGCCUCCAGCGCCAUUGACUACAAAUACAGACUCAAAGAGUCCAACGAGAGGGAGUUCUUCCUCGAGCUGGUUAAGGACAUUUCUAACGAACUUGACAUGACGAACCUCAGUUACAAGAUUCUUAUCAAUGUGUGCAUCAUGGUAAACGCAGACAGGUGUUCGCUUUUCCUAGUGGAGGGACCGUCUCAUAAGAGGACACUCGUGUCCAAGUUUUUUGACGUGCACUCGGGCACCACGGUGCGACCCUCUUCGAGCACACUGGACUCAAACGAGGUGCAGGUUCCGUGGGGAAAAGGCAUCAUUGGUUAUGUUGCAGAACACGGAGAAACCGUCAACAUCCCGAACGCAUACGAGGACCAUCGGUUCAGUGAUGAAAUUGACAAGCUGACUGGCUAUAAGACUCAGUCCAUUCUGUGCAUGGCCAUCCAUAAUAGUGACGGAGAAGUCAUUGGUGUAGUGCAGGCCAUCAACAAGAACCCCAGCGGAACUCCAUUCACCGAGGACAAUGAGAAGGUCCUGCAAAUGUAUCUACCAUUCUGCGGAAUAUCGAUCUCCAACGCCAAACUCUUCUCCGAAUCCCGCAAGGAGUAUGAGAGGAGUAGGGCGCUGCUGGAGGUGGUGAAUGACCUGUUCGAGGAGCAGACGGACCUGGAGAAGAUUGUGAGAAAGAUCAUGCAGCGUGCGCUGACAUUACUGCAGUGUGAGCGCUGCUCUGUGCUUCUGCUAGAAGACAUCCACUCCCCUGUAGUAAAGUUCUCCCAGACAUUUGAGCUUAUGUCUCCGCUGUGCAGCGUCGAUCAUGACAUCAGCAUGGAGAAGGUGUCUUGUUCGGAUUGGCUAAUCAAUAACAGCAUCGCUGAGCUGGUAGCAUCAACCGGACUGCCAGUUAACAUUAGUGACGUCUGUCAGGAUCCCCGCUUUGAUGCUGAGGCGGACCAGGCUUCUGGUUUUCAUAUCAGAUCAGUUUUAUGCGUUCCCAUCUGGAAUCGGACACAUCAGAUUAUUGGUGUUGCCCAGAUUCUGAAUCGCUUGGACAGGAAGACAUUUAAUGAUGCAGAUCAAAGGUUAUUUGAGGCAUUUGUUAUUUUCUGUGGCUUGGGCAUUAACAACACAAUGAUGUAUAACCAGGUGAAGAAGACUUGGGCUAAGCAGUCUGUGGCUUUAGAUAUGUUGUCUUAUCAUGCUACAUGCUCCAAGGCAGAGGUUGAUCGACUGAAAGCUGCUAAGAUUCCCCUAAGCAGUGAGCUCGGGAUCGAUGAGUUCCACUUUAAUGACUUUUCUCUGGACAACGACGCCAUGAUCACUGCCUCCCUGCGGAUGUUUUUGGAGCUUGGUGUCGUGCAGAAAUUCAAAAUUGAUUAUGAGGUGCUGUGCCGCUGGCUGCUCACCGUGAGGAAGAACUACCGCACCGUAGCCUACCACAACUGGAGGCAUGCCUUCAACGUCUCGCAGUGCAUGUUUGUUAUGAUUACCACCGCUGGGUUACAGGAGGUGCUGACAGACACCGAGACUCUCGCACUAAUGGUUGGGUGUUUCUGCCAUGACCUGGACCAUCGUGGCACAAAUAACGCCUUUCAGGCAAAGUCUGGGUCAGCACUGGCGCUGCUGUACGGAACAUCUGCCACACUUGAGCAUCAUCAUUUCAACCACGCUGUCAUGAUACUGCAGAGUGAGGGUCACAACAUUUUUGCGAAUCUAUGCUCCAAGGAGUACAGCAACAUGAUGCAGAUAUUGAAACAGGCCAUUUUGUCCACAGAUCUCACCUUGUACUUCAAAAGAAGAACCAAGUUCUUUGAGUGUGUUCUCUCUGAACAGUUCAGUUGGAGUAAUGAGGAACAUAGAGACAUGUUCAGGUCAAUGCUGAUGACUGCCUGUGACUUGGGUGCAGUGACUCGGCCAUGGGAGAUCUCAAAACAGGUUGCUGAACUAGUGACCAGUGAAUUCUUUGAACAAGGUGACAGGGAGAGAUCAGAGCUGAAGCUGACACCAGCUGCCAUUUUUGACCGUAAUCGUAAAGAUGAGCUUCCUGUGCUUCAGGUGGAAUGGAUUGAUGGAAUUUGUAAGCCAUUAUAUGAGGCUCUUGUGAAGUUGAAUAGGAAGCUUCAACCGAUGGCAGAUGGAAUUGAUGCCAACCGAAAAAAGUGGGAGGAGCUUUGUCUGUCCUAUCAGCAAACACGAAGAGCCUCUGAGUGUAUCUCUAGUCUGAAGGCAGGAGAGACACAAUCCUCUCAGAGUGAAGACUCCGCCCACGGGCCGGAGUCAAGUCAGAGUGAAGCAACCAAUCAGAGCAAAGACUCCACCCACUGUGUGGAGCCAAAUCAUCCCCCAGUAGCCAAUUGCAAAUAAGAGGCGUGAUUCGGAAAUUAAAGGACGGCCCACUGAGUACUUUUACAGCUUUACUGUUUACACAAAGUUAACCAAUUUUUUUUUUCAUUUUUUUAAAUGGGUUGCUUUGACUGACAGCAUUUUUAUUGAAAUU